AUGCUCAAAAAUUUGGUCCAGUCCUGGCUUGCCUUGGGGAUUAUAGCGGAGAUGGUAUUAUCCGCUCCAGCGGGCCCAACAGGUAGACCACAAGGCGCCCCAAUCCUUAUCCAGAGUGGCAACAACAGAACGAGGCACUUUGCCCUCGGAGGCGCGCUCAUAUCCUUCGAUCCUGCGGGCAACGCCACAUCUUCGAGCGAAGUUAGCAGCACCACGCCAGCUCAAUCAUCGUCGACGAGACCGAACGGAGCUGAACUGAUCGCUGUUGAGGUCUCGGAAGUGGUAGACGGCAGUAUACUGGUGCAGUACUACCAAGAGAAGAACAGUCGCGCUCCAUCUACGGCUUACCAGACACCGCCUCCCGCGCCACCGGCUGCUCAACCCUCGCUGACUCAUGCUCUACCUCCGACGGACGAGGCUGGGAAGUGGGUGGAUCUGCAUAACCGAGCGAGGGAGCUGUUCGGGGCGGGCAAGCUAGAGUGGCGGGAUGACCUGGUAGCGAGGGCCAAAGCUAACGCGGAUUUGUGCACGGGCGAUCAUUCAAACGCUGGAGAGAACAUAGCAGCGCAGAGUGGGAGCUUGACACCUGAGUUGACUGUCGAGUGGUGGAUGGCAGAAGAGGUGUUCUACGACUGGUCAACGCCUGGGUUUGAGGAUAAGACUGGUCAUUUCACUCAGGCGGUGUGGAAGAACUCGAGAUUUGUCGGAUGCUAUACCACGAAGUGCAAUCCUGGAACAGUCUUUGAGGCAUCGUAUGGGGUCAGCUAUCAGUCGACGUGUGAAUAUGACCCAGUCGGGAACUAUGUCAAUCCAGGGGAGUUCGCCAAGAACGUCGGGAAGAGGGAGUCUGGCAUUGCGCCGUGGCGACCAUGA